AGCGCUCGAGCACCGGUGGCACGACCAGGUGGGCGGGGGCACUCGCGGACACAGGAUAACAUUCACCCCGAAUCGGAGCAGAGCACCGGCGGAAUGGGCUCCUUUGUGUGGGAAAUGUUCGGCGCUUUUCCCCCUCACCCGACGGCCGCGGCGAGCGCUAGCCGGAGCGCCACCACGUGGCGCGCGGAGUGGCCGACAGACCCGGCCCUGUACUCGGUUGAGAACUUCGAGCCCAGGCCUCCCCAGGAACUGGUGUGCACCGUGUGCCUGGGCGUGUACCGGAACCCCGUCGAGUGCCCCUGCCGCCACGUGUUCUGCUCGGACUGCAUCAACGGCUGGCUGGCGAACAGCAACGGCUUCGGCGGCGCAAGUUGUCCCGUGUGUCGCCGAGGGGUCGCCGCGUUUCAGCUGGUGCCUGUGCUGCCGCUCGUGAGCAACAUGAUCGCGCGGCUCACCGUGCGCUGCCCGAACCGAGACGCAGGCUGCACCGCAAAGGUGACCAUGGAGACCCUGAACAGCCACCUGGGUUCGUGCCAGUUCCGCAGAGCGCCAUGCCCAGACUGCGGCUCUCAGAUACGUCCUUCGGAGCUGAUGGCGCACCGGCGCGAGCGCUGCUCCAAGCGCAUGGUUCGCUGCACCCGCGACUGCGGCUUAAGCCUGAGCGCCGACCGACUGCGCGACCACAGCUGCGUACAGGAAAUGCGAAACUACAUCGUCUCACUGGAGCGCCAGAGGGACCACACCCAGCUGAACGUGCAACGCCUGCAGCACCAGGUCGAAGACCUUACUGCCAGGCUGGCGACGGCUCCUGCGUCCGGUCACAUAAUUUAGGGGAAAGCAAGCGAAUACAAAUUGCGUAAUUCUGUA